AUGCAGAUUUUUGUAAAGACACUUACAGGAAAAACAAUUACAUUAGAAUUAGAUCCAGCAGAUACUAUUGAGACUGUUAAAGCGAAAAUUCAAGACAAAGAAGGUAUUCCUCCAGACCAACAGAGACUUAUAUUUGCGGGAAAACAACUAGAAGAUGGAAGAACUCUGAGUGAUUACAACAUACAGAAGGAAAGUACUUUGCAUCUUGUUUUAAGACUUAGAGGUGGUAGAUUGAGAGAAGGUUUUUCUAGUAAUCCAAGUAAAUAA